AUGAGAGCUUUUAUCGUAUCCACUCUUUUGGCCUCUGCCAUGGCCGCUCCAUCCGGCUUCCACAAGCACCACCACCACCAGAACGAAGCUAGAGCUGUUGUUACUACCUUCAGAACCGUUACUGUUGGUGCCAACGGUCAGCUCAAGGAGGCUGCCACUGAGACCUCCUCGGCCUCUGCUGACUCCAUCACUACUUCUGCUAGUACCGUGACUACCAGCUCUGCUGCUGCUUCCUCCUCGCAGACUUCUUCCGCUUCGUCUGCUUCUUCUGCUUCCUCUUCGUCUUCCUCCGGCUCCCUGCCAUCUGGCGGUGCUGGUGGCAUUCGUGGUGACCUCGCUGACUUCUCCGACCCAACUGAGAAGUUCGAGGAUGGUGUUCACGACUGUGACUCUCUCCCAACCGGUCAGGGUGUCAUUGGCAUCGACUGGUUGUCUGAGCUCAACGGUGGUUUCUCCUCCAUCAUGGACAUGGACGGUGAGACCUCCUCCACCUGUAAGGACGGUUUCUACUGUUCUUACGCUUGUCAGGCUGGUAUGUCCAAGACCCAGUGGCCUGAGGACCAGCCAUCUUCUGGUAUCUCCGUCGGUGGUUUGUACUGUAAGAACGGUAAGUUGUACCGUUCCAACAAGAAGAAGGACUACUUGUGUGAAUGGGGUCACAAGGGCACCAACUUUGUUUCCAACAUCAAGAAGGACAUCGCUAUUUGCAGAACUGACUACCCUGGUUCUGAGAACAUGAACGUCCCAACUUUGUUGGAGGCUGGUAAGAAGGCUCCUGUUUCCGUCGUCGACUCUGACAACUACUACAUGUGGAAGGGCGGCAGAUCUUCCACUCAGUACUACGUCAACAACGCUGGUGUCUCUGUUGAGAAGGGUUGUAUCUGGGGUACUGCUGGUUCCGGUGUCGGUAACUGGGCCCCUGUUGUCUUGGGUGCUGGUAACACUGCCGGCAAGACCUACUUGUCUUUGAUUCCUAACCCUAACAACAAGGAUGCUCCUAACUACAACAUCAAGAUCAGAGGUACCAACGGUGCUUCUACUGUUGGUGCUUGUUCUUACGAAGAUGGUAACUACAAGGGCGGUCACGGUAGUGACGGUUGUACCCUUACCGUUGACGACGGUGAGGCUGAAUUCGUCUUCUACUAA